UCAAACUUCAUAGGCAAAAUCUGGAUCAAGACAAGAAGCCAAUUAUGACCAGGCUUGUUAGCUAGACAAGUCCUCAUAGUCUUGCUCUACUCCAUAUUAGGGAUUAGAGCACCGGCAGCAUCUCCAUUUAGGUAAAAACAGUGCCACAAAUAUUCAUAAACUCGGCCAAACCUUUGAAGCAGCACGUUCAGCGGUCCUUUUCUCCUCGUCGUGUCGAUAUUUGAUUGGUAGACGGGACGCUAUCUCUCAUUUCCACGUUCCUAUAUUUACCGCAACCCUAAGUAUAUUCGAUUCGCUAGUCAUUUUAAAUACUGUAGGAUAACUCCCAAUCAGAUUCACACUCUACCUAAUCGAGUCAGUUAAACGUCACGAAAAAAUCAACAAAUCCAAAAGACUUUUGAUCACUAUUAUUGAAAGGUUGUUGGAGACUAUAAAUAGACUCGUACUAUUCCAUUCUAUUAAUUUAAUGCGAAUCACAUUGAAUUUCAAAGUAGUACGAUAAUCUUUUUUCUAUAUAUGUUUGCUUCUCCACUCAUCGGUCGAAUUGGAUCCAAUUCUAUCCGAAGCUUGUUGAAUUUCAGACGCAGGUGCUCAAAGCAAUUGCACAUGGCCCAGCCACCGAUCCUCGCAGUAGCACUGCCAUCGGACACCGGUCGUGUCCUCAGCAUUCAGUCUCAUACUAUUCAGGGAUAUGUGGGCAACAAGUCAGCAGUAUUCCCCCUCCAACUGCUGGGCUAUGAUGUGGACCCAAUCAAUUCUGUACAGUUCUCAAAUCACACAGGAUACCCAACCUUUAAGGGCCAGGUUUUAAAUGGAGAACAAUUGUGGGAACUAAUAGAAGGUCUUGAAGCCAAUGAUCUAUUAUAUUAUACUCAUCUCCUGACAGGUUAUAUUGGUUCAGUCUCCUUCCUGAACACAGUACUUAAAGUCGUUGAUAAGCUUCGAUCUGUCAACCCCAAACUUACAUAUGUUUGUGAUCCUGUGAUGGGUGAUGAAGGUAAGCUAUAUGUCCCUCCAGAGCUGGUGGCGGUAUACCGUGAGAAGGUUGUCCCUGUUGCUUCAAUGCUGACGCCUAACCAGUUUGAAGCGGAGCAGUUAACUGGUUCCAGUAUCACUUCUGAAAAAGAUGGGCAAGAAGCUUGCAACAUUCUGCAUGCUGCUGGGCCAUCAAAGGUUGUUAUUACUAGCAUAAACAUCGAUGGGACUCUUCUCCUUAUUGGCAGUCACCAGAAAGAAAAGGAUCAAUCUCCUGAGCAAUUCAAGAUUGUGAUACCGAAAAUUCCCGCAUAUUUCACGGGAACGGGGGAUUUAAUGACUGCUUUGUUGCUUGGAUGGAGCAAUAAAUAUCCCAAUGAACUCGACAAAGCGGCAGAGCUUGCUGUCUCAAGUGUACAGGCACUUUUAUUGAGGACACUGGCAGAUUAUCAAAAGGCUGGCUAUGACUGCCAAUCAAGCAGUUUGGAAAUUCGGCUAAUCCAGAGCCUCGAUGAGAUCCGCAACCCAGAAGUAAAAUAUAGAGCUAAAAGAUACAUAUGAGAAUCUAUUGUCAUCUGGUCUAUUUAUUGCUUUAGGAUUGUCAGUAGAAUGAAACAAUAUAAAUAGAGCCGAUUUAGCUCUUGUUUACGGAGAUGUUCAUAUUCCUAUCCAUCUGAGGAAGGAGAACAGAAAAUCCUUGGGUUCUAACUUCUAUCAGAUGGUACCGAGGAGCAUUUGGGGGAAGAGGGUGUGUACUGUCCGUAAAGGCAUCAAGUUGUUGCUGAAGGCUGUGCUAAAGACUCUCUGGCAAUCCUUAUAUUCAUUUUAUUCCCACUUGAUGGGCUUCCUUUUCACCACUGGGAGUACAAUGCAGCACACCUCUAGGAUAAUUUGACAUUGCUUGAUACUUCAAUAGCGUUCUAGGCAGUGGCACGUGUACAUGCAAAAACGAAUGAUGCAGAAGUUAUUUUGCUUUCA